AUGUAUCCAAUCCCUUUACAUCAAUUACAGCUUGACAUCCUUUUGACAAGAGGCUACCCUUCGAAGGGCGCCUCGGGUAGCCUCAACCAAGCAGUUCCAGCCAAGGGCUUGAGGGAUCUGUAUGAGACGCAUCUGUCGGCUUAUUUUGGAAGAGCCGAUAAAUUCGAUGAGCUCCUCCACCGGCAGCUGUGGCAGACCGCCUUGUGUGUUGCGGUUGUGGCGAGGGUGUUUGAGGGAUUUGUUGCUACAGCUGUUGCUGCUGUUGCUGCUGUUGUUCAAGGAGCCGUUGGGUCAGUUCAAGUUGCUGCUGCUGGUGUUGCUGCUGGGCUUGCAAAAGCUGCUCGAUCUGUUCCAGGUGCUUUUCCAGUUGCUGAGACCUAUCCAUCUUCAAGAUUGUGGCCAGAAUCGCGCGUCCGAGGUCGCGUUAUUGUGAAUUGGUACAUCGCGAGCGCGAAAAGUGACCGACCUGACCCCCUGUUGCGGGUGGGUCAGAGCUAG